GAUUGUAAGGCAUUUAAAUUUUGUAGAUCAAAAUGUCACAAACAAAUCAAGAAGAAGCGCAAUCCAAGAAAGACCAGAUGGACUAAAGCAUUCAAAAAUGCUGCCAGCAAAGAAUUGACUGUGGAUAACUCACUGAAGUUUGAAAAGUGUAGAAAUGUUCCAGUCAAAUACCAGAGACAGUUAUGGAACAAGACAGUGGAGGCCAUGAAGAAGGUAGAGGCCAUCAAACAGAAACGACAGGCUUGCUUCAUCAUGAACAUGUUAAAAGCCCAUAAAAAAUUUCAGCCUUCCUGGAAUGUACCUGUUGUGUUGUCAUGUAUUUACUUGUUUUCCUUUAUUGCAGGACAAGCCAAACAGCUGGAGGAGAAGAUGGUACAAAAACUGGCAGAAGACGUGGAAAUGGAUGAUUAAAUGUUUUACCGGCAGUUGACUUUUCUUAUGAUGUUCUCAAAAAACACCU